AUGAUUAGAAACAUCAAUUUGUUUGUACGAUCAAUAUCAAGAUUUGGCAUUAAAAGGCAAAACUACAGCAAUGAUUCAAGUAAAAAAGAUCUUGUAGAUAAAUAUAUUAUAAUCAAUGAAGAUAUGGUUGUUUGCUGGCAUCCAGAGCCAAAAUUUCCUUAUGAAUGUUCUAAACCAUUACCUCUGAAACAACCAGAACCAAAAUCUGUGUUGAAGAUGCCUUUAGAAAAAACACACAAAAUUUUUUCUCCACCAACAUACUCUUCAGAAGAACGCGGGCUAAAUGCUGAAGAAUUAGCUAAAUUAACAUAUACAACUAAACAUCGGUGGUUUCCAAGAGCCAGAGAUAAGAGAUCAAAGAAAACUAAACCUGAUAGAACUUAUCUAUAG